UUAGGCUUGCAAUGUUAUGGGUUCAGAGGUCAUCUUGGUUGUGGGCUAUUCAGGUUUCCAUAGCGAUCAUAAGCCUUGCCCAACAUCUGCUUCUGAUUUAUCUACAACAUAAGGGCAGCGUCCUUCAACAAAUGUUCAGUGUAUAUUUUCUUCUUGAAGCCGUUAACAGUGUGCCAUUUAUUGUUACAAUUUUCUGGGAGCCUCUUAGAAACCUAUUUAUACCUAUUUAUCUCAACUGCUGGUUGGCAAAGCAUCUUCUUGAGAAUCUUUUUAAUGAUCUUCACAGAGUUAUGAUGCGUUCACAUUCUGCUCUCUCUCAGCGAGUCAUGAUUUUAUUUUCAUUCAUAUUUUGCCUCAUAUUCACCUGUGCCUGUGGCAUGCAUCACUUAGAGAGAGGGGACAUCAGUACCAACGGCAUGUCUUUCUUCCACGCGUUUUACUUCACAAUCGUAACCUUCUCCACCGUGGGGUACGGGGACAUCGAGGUCCGCAUCUGGCCCUCCCAGCUCUAUGUCAUCACCAUGAUCUGUGCGGCCCUUGUCAUCCUUCCCAUACAGUUAGAAAACUUGGCUUACUUGAUUAUGGAGAGACAAAAGCAGGGUGGGACGUACAGCCGACAUCGAGCGCAAACGGAGAAGCACGUCGUCGUAUGCGCAACCAAUCUUCAGUAUGACCUUAUUGUUGAUUUCCUCAAUGAGUUCUAUGCUCAUAAUGAUCUUCAGGAUUUCUUUGUGGUUCUUCUCUCUCCCUGUGAGCUUGAUAACGCCCUCAAGGCGCUCCUGACCGUCCCUCUGUGGGCCCAGAGGGUCAUCUACAUCCAAGGAUCAGCCCUUAAAGAUGGUGAUCUCCUCAGAUGCAGGAUGGAUGAUGCUGAAGCCUGCUUUAUUCUGUCACCAAGAAACUUUAUGGAUAGGUGUGAAGCAGAUCAGCAGACCAUCUUGAGAACCUGGGCCGUCAAGGAUUUUGCCCCCAAUGUUCCUCUCUACAUCCAGAUCCUUAAACCUGACAACAGGUUUCAUGUUCAGUUUGCAGACCACGUGGUGUGUGAGGACCAGUUCAAGUAUGCCCUCUUGGCCAACAAUUGUCUGUGUCCUGGUACAUCCACCCUUGUGACCCUUCUUAUACACACAUCCAGAGGAGUGGAAGGGUGCGAUUCUCAUUCUCAGUGGCAGCGUACAUACGGUCGUUGCUCUGGUAACGAGGUCUAUCACAUUGUACUUGGAAACAGCAAAUUCUUCAACGAAUAUGAGGGCAAAAGCUUCACCUAUGCAUCCUUUCAUGCACAUAAGAAAUAUGGCGUCUCACUGGUCGGCAUUCAGAAACAGGAGGAGAACGCCAAGAUCCAGCUCAACCCGGGACCUCGUCACAUGAUGAGGUCAUCGGACACGUGUUUCUAUAUGAAUAUCUCCCCGGAGGAGAACUCGGCCUUCAUCCUGAAUCACCCUAAUGAAGAUAAUGAGAGUAAAGAGAGUAAGAUGGAUAAAUCACAAAGCAAUUUCCACGACAGCAACGGCACGGGGAUCUCGCGGGUAGAGAGUGCCAUCGCUAGUGUUGGUUCUAUGGCUUUGGAACUGCAUCAUUUUGGGAGCACAAGGUCAAGUAACAGUGCUAGUGGUGCAGCGACAUCACCAUCAUCAACUUCAUCUGCUUCAGAAACUAAAAAUAAAUUUGAGCCAUCGUCGGGGCGGGGAUCAUCAGGUGGACUGAGAGUUGAAAUCCCCCCUCGGAGCUCAAUGGACCAAGCCAUGGACCGUAACCGUCUGAUGCCCCCUGGCGGGGACGACGGGGGUACAUUCACCACGAGGGUUGUGGAUGAUGAAGAAGCGGGAGGACCCCCCAUGCCCAGGGGCAGGGAGGGGCGACGCCCGUCCAUCAUGCCCGUUCUGGAGAUGAUGUCGUCCGACCCGGAGGAUGAACAGCUGAGGGACGACAGGCCACUGCAGGCACAGAAGCAGGUUGCCAUAGAAACAGAGGAUGUGUCGGUGUGGGAUGAAGAAGAACCUUGGACCAAAGGCACCCCACCUCUUGUUCCUUUCAUCGGGUACCAGCCAGGAUGCUGUCAUCUUCUUUCCCAGCCAAAGAAACUAUGCUGUCUAGAAAUUGAUCAGCCUUGUGAUCAUUCCAGUUGGAGGCAUGCAGCAGAGUAUAACUGGCCAAACAACUGCAUCAUCCUCGCCGUGGAGUACGCUGCCUUGGGAAUGGUUGACUUCAUCGUACCCUUGAGGGCUCACUGGAGACCAAAACACACCCUCAAACCAAUCGUUAUUCUAGUUGAGAAGAGACCCGAUACAUGUUUUCUAGAGUGUAUAGCAGCAUUUCCUAUGGUUUACUACAUGAUUGGUACAAUAGAAAGCCUUGAUGACAUCUUGCGGGCUGGUAUCCUGCAGUCAGACACCGUGGUCGUCGUUGACAAGGAAUCCUCUAAACUCGCCGAGGAGGACUACAUGGCCGACGCAAACCAGAUUGUAGCUGCUCAGUACCUUUUCAAAUUGUUUCCACAUAUCAGCAUCAUCACCGAAUUAACUCAUCCGUCCAAUAUGAGAUUCAUGCAGUUCAGAGCGAAAGAUUACUACGCGCUAAGAAUGGCUGAGAAACAGAAGAAAGAGAAGGAGAAAGGAUCAAACAUCUCCUAUAUGUUCCGCUUGCCUUUCUCGGCGGGGAACGUUUUCAGUGCCAGCAUGCUGGAUACGCUUCUCUACCAGUCGUUUGUGAAAGAAUAUAUGAUCAGUUUUACAAGGCAACUCCUAGGGCUUGACCAGGCUCCCGGUUCAGGCUAUCUUUGUGAGCUGAGAGUUACUCAUGAAGAUAUGUGGAUCAGAACGUAUGGGAGACUCUACCAGAAGCUCUGUUCAACAACCCAUGAAAUACCCAUCGGUGUCUACAAAACACACAACCAUUCGGACAACAAAUCAGAGUUAUCAGUCACCAUAGAGGAUGAUGAUAGUUCAUCAUCCGGCCAAUCAGAGGAAAGGAAAGAGAUUGCUCAUCUUGUCCGACAAAAGAUGAAGAAGAUGGAUAUCCCACCGGAAGAGUAUGAUAGUGAAGUGAGUGAUAAGAGAAACAAGGUGUCCUAUGUCCUCAUCAAUCCAAGCUUUGAAACCAAGCUAGAAGUGGAUGAUAUCAUUUUCAUCAUACGACCCGCCGGUGGUCCUAAGACACCCUCGCCCAUGCCUCCGAGGAGAAAGUUCAGCAGUAGGAGGGUCAAGCCAAGGAAUACUGAACCAAAGCCGCCAUUGCUAGAUCCUCAAGGGACCAACGUGGACACCAAGCUAUAGGGCGCCCUCUCGUGAUCGUCCUCAAAGGAUUUUGACAAGGAUGACUGAUGGCUUUCCAAGACGGAGAGAGAGAGAGAAUGGUGUGCCUUGAUAGCCGAUCCCAAGCUGUCAUCAGCUGAUCAAAGGCAAAGUCCAGACAGCAUUGAUGUGGUCUUUCAGCUGUGAUAUCAAGUUUUGACCAUCUUUCUUGAUUGAAAGAGAACUGCCAUUUAUUUUUCUCUCUUCGAAUCCCACUGCCGUUGGGAUUGUGAGAGGUAAUUCUGCUGUAGCAGCUGACCGAGCGGUGUAUUUGAUUUUAUGACUGAGGCUUCUGGAUUGGAUUCCGUCAAGCGUUCGGAAUUCCCUGCAUUGAUCGUCAAAACUGAGUCUCAGAAUUCAAAGUAUUUUGAUUGGUGACAUGUGAAAAUAUUUUAGUAUUCUCAAGUCGCAAUUCUACAAGACAGCAUCCAAGGUGUCAAUGAAGCCUGCUAUCCGCCAUUUAGCAAGAAAAGGUGGAGUCAAGCGGAUCUCUGGUCUUCUCUACAAAGAAAAGCGCAGUGUACGUAAAGUCUUCUUGGAGAAUGUCAUUAGUGAUGUCGUCACCUACUAUGAGCACACCAAGCGCAAGGCUGUCACAGUCACCAAUUGCAUUUGCGUCCUUAGCCAAGAAGCAGACCUUUAAGAGUAUUGUCUUUGUUGAUGAAGAAGCUUUGGUUUAUCUACAGGUAUGACAGUAGAAGUCAUCAAGGGAUAUUUAUGUGCACCCCUUAGCAUAUGACAUAUCAGUGAUUAAUGAUAACAUUGCCACAUCAGAGGGAAGGUGAUUCACAAAGGUUUAAGUGUAACUUGAAGUCGUGCUUGGUACGUAUGUUAUUAAAUGCGCAAUCUCAUUUAUUUAUUCAAAGUAGGAUGUGUCCUUUGAGAAUUAUUUGACCAAUGCUCUGAUGCAUUUCAUACAGCACAAAACUAUGAAUUAAAGUGAUCACAUUUAAGUCUUUGUGAAAGACCUCAGUUUUACAGCAGAUUAUCAUCAACUCCUCCAGAUUGUUUCAGCUUAAUUAUUUAUUAGUUUUAUGAAAUUAUGUCCUCCUCUAUGACUGAGUAUUUAUACAUCAUUUGUAGAAAAAUUCGAGUUUGAGUUUUUAUGAAGCAUAUUUAGUGAGAUCAGUGAAAGAAAGUGCUUGUUUUAGAAGGAUAUUUUUCAUUGCCUUUAUGUAGAAUAGAAAUGCAGAAUAUAGAUUGUUCUUUCUGUCCUUUUUAGCUCAUUUUAAUUAAUAGAGUUAAAUGAAAACACUAGUAGGAAGGCAGUAUCACCCAAAUUGAAAAAAAUUCAAGUUUCUGCAAAAUAAAGAAUAGUGUAUUUUCACUGUUAUGCCUGCGUUUUAUACAAAAAAUAGAAUGAAAUGAUAUUAGUACACAGGCUGAUAUAUCAUCAUGAAAUAUAAAUCUCAUUGGGGGUAUUGCAAGAAAAGUAUUUGAAAUUGAUCUCAAAUGGCAUUUGUAAAUUUGCAAUUGAUGUUAAAUUAUUAAGUAUAUCACUUUAUAUUUUUAUGCACCAGCAAUUAUUAGUGAAUUUGGAAUCGAUUUCAAAGUAUUUUCCUUUUUUAUCUACAAAAAUAGAUUUGCAAAUAAUUGCAAAUUUGUAGCUGCUUUGAAGACUUGCGAUUGAUUGUUUUAAUUUACAAUUGACUCACGAUUAAUUGAGAGAACCUUCAUGCCACAUAUGCAAGAUUCAGAUAGGAGAUCAUGUACAUUAUUUCUUUUUCAAAACUAUCAUUGUGCAUAUAUUGUAAAUAUUUUGAAAGCGUUCUUUCAGUAUGAUGUACCUUCAUCUGGUCAUGAGGUCAUCAUCAAUUUCUAGCAUCUCAUCUGUGAUGGAGAAUUAUGUCUUUUGAUUGUAUGAUAUGCUCUCUGUUUUCUCUCACCAUUUCAUUCUUAAUUUUGAGAUCCUUGUAGUAUCGAUAGUCCCAUAUGUGCAAUUUCUUGCAGUGACCUGAGAAUCAGCUUUUUUAAUUCACAUUUUACCAUGGCCCAGAUUGUUUAACAAGUUAUUUUAAUAUAAUUCAUGCCUCCCUAUCCAGGUUUAGCCUUGCCCCCCCCCCCCUCCCCCACUCCUGGAAUCUUUUUAACUCCUAAUCAUUAAAAAAUGCUGUAUUCUGUACAAAUUGCAGUACAGUGUACAGUAAAAUCAGGGAUUGUGUGGCAAUAUUUUCCUUUCCCCUUCUGCUUUCAAUAGUAUACUUUUUUAUUUCAUUAAUUGUUUUUAAAGUAUUAUAAAAAUAUAUCAAUAUUUUCUUCACUUAAGCAAAAUUUCAGUUUGAUUUGGUUGUAUUAAGGAUUUUCAUGAUGCUUUCUUUAUCUCAUUUUAUCUCAGGCACCGGCCCCCCUCCCCCACCACCACACCAUCCUUGCAAUAUUUCAAAUCAUUUCAUACCAAUAUUUUCAUAAGACCUUUGUUUUUUUCCCCAAGACUUGCAAUAUUUUAUUUUAUGUGAUUCACUUAUGGCAUUACUAAACAUCUUAGUUUCCCACUCACUUUUAUUUAAAAAAAGAGCUGUAUCAUACCGGUACUCUCAAUUGGUGUGCAUCAAGAACAUUCACAUAUUUGAAAAUCAGUACUCUCUAUAUACUCAUAUAUCAGAAAGUUUAUUCUACCGAAAGGGGAGAUUUUAUGGAAUGCACUUACACUGUCAUACUUUACUUCAAAUUUCUUUUUUUUUUAUCUUGUAAAGAUUUGAUAUUUAAUCAUAUUGACUUUGAAACAACGAUUGUACUAUAUUUGCAUUUACUCAAACUCUUGCUACAUAACAGCACUUGUAACAGUGACUUAUCAAGAGAGGAAGGAAAAGUGUACAUAUAAGCAAAAAUGAGGUACAUUUUUUGCCUUUUUAGUAAAAAGAUUGAAAAUGAAAGUUCUGUACAGUAUUACUAUGUGCCUUUUGUACGAUUUAUGCCAUGAAAUAUAUGUACAUCUUUUAUGUAAACUAUUUGUGCAUGAUUAUUGAUAAUUGAUAUGGUCUAUUUCCUAUUUGAUAUAUCUUCAAGAGGAAAAUGAUUCUGCUUUUCAUUUUUUUAAGUGAAGUGAAAUUUUUGAAGGAAUAGUUGAUAAACAAUGAAGAUCUAGCUCAACUGUGGCCAGUCAAAAGACUUGAUGUCAGUGUUACACAAAAUGGUAUUUCUUGCUUGUUUUGUGAAUGUAAAGGCCAUGACAUCGGCCCUAUCCAUGCAGUGAAGCUGGUCAUUAUCAAGUUGAGAUUUUUCAGUGUCUAAAUAUAAUCUAGGUGAUCGUAAAAUAAACAAGUGACCAGCUGCCCCAAAACCAACAAUAAGUCGCGCAAAAUGAAUUUUUGAGACUUUCAUUGAGGUUAAAACAGGCACAUCCCAAGGUUUAAAAUGGUAUAUAACCUUGCCAAAAUUGAUGAACAAUAACCCUCACAGCUACCUAAUUAAAUGCAGAGGAAAUUCCUUGAGACCUUUAAAAAAAUAAAGAUAAAACAAGGUUUGAAAUUCGGGGGUCAAUUAAGCAUGAGAUGUGCACACUGUACAAUCUUGUUAAAACUUAUAAGCAGUGUGCAAAAAAAAAAUGAUUUCAAAGGAACACUUUUAUCUUGUCUUUUAUUUAACUUUACAACUUCAAUUAUUGACAAUACAAAGAAGAAUUCAUUCUUUAAGUUUUGGUUUUUGAAUAACAAAUUACUAGUUUGGCUGUUUACAGAGAACCUUCCCUGGCGACUUAUUGUUGGUUUUGAGGGAACUGGACACAGACGUGCCCUGUUACACAAAGAGUAACUUUCAUAGCAACUUAGUCAUCCGAUGGUAAAUAUGGUAACUGCCAUGGUAAUAUAUGGCUCAACAGCCAAUCAAAAUCAAGUAUAACAUAAUUUACCAAGGAUGGCAAAGUUACUAUAAUAGUAUGUGACAUGGCCCACGCAAAGUAUUUUAUUCUUCAGAUUUCUUGUUUGUAUUUCGUGUUUGUGAAACAAGGCUGAUAUUUAUUGUUGAAUUUCAAUUUUACACUCUUUGGGACCACAACAAAUGAUAUACCAUCGAACAUCAUAAAAAUGAUAUUAUUGUGUGCUUAUAUUUCUAUGUGGGUAAGUAGAAAGUAUCUAAUAUUUAUAGUGGAAUCUUUUUGUUUACAAUGUGCUAUAUUCAAGCUCAAGUGUAUCGCUAUCAUAAAUGCUGUUAAGUUGUCAACCUAACCGCGUCAAAUAAUGGGCU